GGCAGAUCCUAGCCUCUGAAAGGCAGAGCAUAAGCUUAAAAUAGAGCAAAGCAACUUGCAACAUUUCAGGUAUUGCAGUUCUGAAUGAAGGGAUGGCUUCCAGUGGACUGAAGCGAGAAGAAAGUGCUUUGCAUGCUCCAGCUCCUGAACAUGUGAAAGGCAUGCAGAUAAAAGAUGAAGACGAUGGCUACAAUAAGAAUUUAUUCUGUGUCCCCAGACAUUAUGAGGAUGACAUAGAAAGAGUCUUUAUACCUCAUGGCCUCAUCCUUGACAGAACGGAACGUCUGGCUAGAGACAUCAUGCAAGACAUGAGCAGCCGUCACAUCUUUGCCCUCUGCAUUCUGAAAGGAGGAUACAAAUUCUUUGUGGAUCUGAUGGACCACAUCAAAGCACUAAAUCGAAACAGAGAUCAUUCGGUCCCUAUCACGGUGGAUUUUGUGACACUAAGAAGCAACUGUAAUGACUCCUCAACAGAAAAUGACAGCAUCCUUGGAGAAGAGUUGCCUUCCUUGAAAGGAAAGAAUGUCUUAGUAGUAGAGGACAUUAUUAAAACUGGUAGAACAAUACAAACACUACUUUCUAAAUUAAAAGAGUAUGAACCAGGGAUGGUUAAGGUAGUAAGCUUACUUGUUAAAAGGACAACCAGAAGUUCCGGAUACCAGCCUGACUAUACGGGAUUUGAAAUUCCAGACAAGUUUGUGGUGGGAUAUGCUCUUGACUAUAAUGAAUACUUCAGGGAUCUAAAUCAUAUUUGCAUCCUGAAUGAGAAAGCCAAGGAGAAAUAUAAGGUGCAAUUAUCUCAUUGACUGGAAUAAUGGAGCAAGGGAACAUGCAGCAUUUAGAUGAACAGAAUGGAGAUCCAUCAGAAAGGAAAAGAGAAAAGAAAAAUGUAUAUCUUACAAAAGCUGGUAAGGUCAUCUUGGAGAGGCAUCCGGCAUUAUGUUAUCUCUGAAAUAAAGGAUUAUACAUUUCCAAAAUGGUUAGUGCGUAACAACACCAUCGACUCUCUUUAUGUCAUUGUAAACUGAAUGUAAACAUCCAUAGAAAACAUUCUUAUGUAACUGCGGUGGGAAAGAAUGUUAUUUCACUUCAGCUGGCCUAUGGAAAUCCUACAGUAAUGGGUGCUACAGGUUAAUUAAACCCAUUUGGCAAACUAAGCACAUUAUAGAAAAGGCUGCCUGUUCUGCGAAACCAACAAGGUUGUGAAAUAAAUCUGAACCUAAUUGGAAAACCACAUCGGUACACAAUGGUCACAGCAUGGUUUUUCCUAUCUUUGGCUUACAUUAUCAAUCGCAUUGCAAAUUUCACUGUUUAAAUGGUUAUUGGGCCUGCUCAAUGAGCCAUUCUAACAAGAUUGCAAUCCAAUGAAUUUGGCUGUUCUUAUCAUUGUUUGAGCACCACUGGUGUGCAUAAGCUGUUUUUACAAGUGCUAUAACCCAAAUAAAAGAGAGGUCUCUGUCCCCAGGUGCAUUCAAUGCACAUUUUGACAUCGCAAGAGAUGAGAGAGUAGAGAAUAACAGAGUGGAGAAAGACUACUGGAAGAUUGAUGUCAGCAGCAAAUAUGGUAGAAUGCACUAAAGUUUUUCCACAUAGUUUUAUGGCCAGAUCAGUUUGUAAUGUACCAUUGAUGAGAACUGAAAAGUUACAGUCUUCUUUGCACAUGACGUCUGUGUAUCUUGGGGUAUAAUUCUGGUAAUAGUUUCCAAAUAAAUACGUUGCUGUGCUUGGUUUCCGCACUGAAAUACCAUCAUACAAAGCUGACUUUCGAUUUGAGGGGGAUCUCUCAAGAGCACUAGCUCCCAAACUUUGGUCCUCCAGAUGUUUUGGACUUCAGCUCCCAAAAUUCCUGGCUUUGGGUCAAACAUACUAGGGCUUUGGGAAGCUGAAGUCCAAAAUACCCAGAGGACCAAAGUUUUGGAGCUACUGCACAAGAAGAUAACCUCUAUAUCUUAUAUUGUACGGUUGCAACAACUGUGCUAUAACAGUUCCACACAAGAUGAAGCUACCACUUAAAUUCCUCACCAUGGUUGCAUCUGCGCUGCAGAAAUAAUC